GGAGCAAGCGAUGGUGCAAGUCGAAGGAAAUGGGUCCUUUUUUAUUCUUCUCCCGCUCAGACAUCUCGGGACGUGGUUCGUUCCAAACCUGCUGAGCAGUCCUUGCCGUUUCGUAUACUAUAUCUCUUGUUGAGUGUUUGCUGCUGCUGUUGUUGUUCCGUUCGUCGGUUGCUGUAAUCUCAACUUCCUCCCAUUCAUCAGUGGCGUGUAGGAAACCCAAAACUAGAACUCAGAUACUGUUUCGCGUUAUCACACGAGUGAUGUGCAGUCGCACGGCGGAUGCUGAUCGCGCACGGAAAAUGUGCUCUGCUCUGUUGUGCCCCUAGUGUUCAUUAGUGGUAACCUGCCUGCCGAGUGUCCUGUAGCUGUAAGGCGACAACACCACCACACGACUCCGCGACGAGUGGACUGUUCCUGCCAGCAUCUGAACACCUGAAGUAAUUUUUCUUCAGACGAACCACAUCAUUUUACUGAUUGUGCUCGUAGACCUGCUGGUAACAAGCAAUGCACUAACGUUCCACUGCAUCAACCGUACCCCGUGUCCGGCCCGCGUGCGUGUACUGGUAGGGGAGUAGAUGACAAAGAUGCAGCUGUUUGUAGAGCUCUAGCACGAUCUCGCCUAUGCCAGCAAACACGCGCCAAUAGAGAAGGUGUGUGUGUGCUCGCGUGCUUGUAUGUGUGUGUGUGAGUGUAUGAGAGGCAGUAUUCAUUUAGUGGUAAGCGGUUUUUAACGAUCAUAGCGAUACAACGGUUUGUUCACACGCACGCACGCCUAACUGCUUGGAAUUUGGCAGCCCUUCGGUGACGCAACCAAACGCUAUUACCACGCGCUUAGCCGAGCCAAGUUAGCAGCAAUACGGGAAGCGUUAGGCACCGUCAACCAACUAUCAAACAUGUGGCAAAUUCUGAUAUUCUGCUUUUUAAACUCAGUACAAAAUAAUAAUGCAUUACGAGGCGUACACCAGAAGUCGAUGGCGGCAGGCCGUCUGGAGAAUGUAACACAGACAAUAUCACGUAUACUGGAGGGCUAUGACAUUCGGCUAAGACCAAAUUUUGGAGGAGAACCAUUGCACGUGGGCAUGGACCUUACGAUAGCGAGCUUCGAUGCAAUCUCGGAAGUGAAUAUGGAUUACACUAUCACUAUGUACCUAAACCAAUACUGGAAGGAUGAACGGCUCGCGUUUAACGCAUUCGCCCUCUGGGGAGACAAUCAGAAGGAUCAAACGGGAGAAAUCAUGAUAGACGACGACGGUGCAAACGAUGUGAUUACGCUUUCGGGUGACUUUGCCGAAAAGAUAUGGGUACCGGAUACGUUCUUCGCCAACGAUAAGAACAGCUUCCUGCACGAUGUGACCGAGCGCAACAAGCUCGUCCGGUUAGCCGGUGACGGUGCGGUGACGUACGGGAUGCGCUUCACCACCACGCUCGCCUGCAUGAUGGAUUUGCACUACUAUCCGCUCGAUUCGCAAAACUGCACGGUGGAAAUUGAAAGCUAUGGCUAUACCGUUUCGGAUGUGGUAAUGUACUGGCGGUCUACACCUAUUCGGGGUGUGGAGGAAGCAGAGCUACCACAGUUCACUAUUAUCGGUUAUGAGACGAACGAUCGAAAGGAAAAACUAGCAACAGGCGUCUACCAACGGUUGUCACUGUCCUUCAAGUUGCAACGCAACAUCGGCUACUUCGUGUUCCAGACGUAUCUGCCAAGCAUACUGAUCGUGAUGCUAUCUUGGGUGUCCUUCUGGAUCAAUCAUGAGGCCACCUCGGCUCGCGUUGCGCUCGGCAUCACAACCGUGCUAACGAUGACAACCAUCAGCACGGGCGUACGCAGUUCUUUGCCACGCAUCUCCUAUGUUAAGGCGAUCGACAUCUAUCUGGUGAUGUGCUUCGUGUUCGUGUUUGCCGCGCUGCUAGAGUACGCUGCCGUCAAUUACACGUAUUGGGGUGCCCGGGCCAAGAAGAAGUGCAAAAAGAACAAGGAAGCCGAGCGGAAGGUGUUCGGUAAGGCAGAAAAGACCUCAACCUGCUCCGCGGACGAUAUUAUUGAGCUGCAGGACAUCCGCAUGAGCCCAAUAGCGUCGCUACGUAAUCGGCACUACUCGAACACGAUCACCACGACCGACAGUGUUGAUUCGACCAAGUUUCCGCCAAGCUUCCGCAUCGCCAGAUCGUAUGGUUCGAGCACACGCAGUGGUCUCCGGUAUCGCAGCUCGAGAGGUCAGGGAAGGCCAAAGAUGUUGCAUGCGAUCAAGCGAGGAGCCUCCGUUAUCAAAGCGUCCAUACCGAAGAUUAAGGAUGUGAACGUGAUCGAUAAGUACUCGCGGGUCAUCUUUCCCGUGAGCUUUGCUGCCUUUAACGCCGGCUACUGGAUAUUCUACGUGCUCGAGUGACCCACAGUCAACUAAGAGCGCAGCAAGCAUUUACUAGCAGUCGUAGUAGAUCACGCUCUGUAGAAACACAUCUCCCGUACGGUCCAGAAAUGUCCCAUCUUACACCCACAAUGCUGAAGGAAAACGAAAUUACCCUGUGAGGAAAGAAAGAAAGAGAGUGGGAGAGGAAGCAAGUGAUUACACUAUGCAAGGCAAAGCUAAAACAGCAGACAGAUAUGAGUUCCCCAGUCUUGUUUCUGCCCGCCCCAAUUCUCUUCCCACUGCAUCUGUUCGAUUGACAGCUCAAAACAAACUAUUCGAAAUGCAGCGCUAAAGAAGCGAAAGAACAGCAACAGAAGCAUUUCACAGUUAAUAAGGUGAAGAAAAAAAAAUUGUAGAUGAAAUCAUUAUACGAAAGAGAGAACAAAAAACAACACGGUUUAGGCAUAAUUAAGGCUUCACGAAUUUGUAAAAAUUAAUCAAAGAUAAUCAAAGAUGCAGUAAUAUUAUUUUUCCAAAAACUCACAAACACACAAAAGUAAAGAUUACUACAUUAAAGAAAUCAAAACAACCAUCAUACAUAA